AUGCCAUAUAACGCAUACCUAUGCCACGGCUGGCCGCGCGCAAAGCAGAAUCCAGGCAAUUGGAUGGAUGAAGGCAUAGAAUACCUAUGGGAUCUCCCUGCCCAGGCAUCGAAGGGCGACACGCACGCCUGCCACCCCCGCCAACGUGCACCAGCCCAAUACCUAACUCCUACGAUUCCGCAAGAGCCUGGUAGUAAACCACCCUACCAUACCGCUCCCGCUCCCAUGGCAACAGCCGCAGCCGGUUCCCCCAUAACACUCAUGUUCGGCGGCAACGGGCACAGCCGAGGUAAUUUCGGCGGCGUGGAGAAGGGCGAUCCGGGGCGCGUUUCUGUUUACUGGGCUGGCAGCAAGGAGAAGGAGAUUGUGGAUGUGAAGGAAUUAACAAAAGAAAAUCUUGUGCAGGAUAAUGGGUUUAGUGAAGAGAGCUUUGCGUAUCCGGCGGACUUGAAGAUUACGGCGCCGCCGGCGCUGCAAGAUAAGGGAAAUUGGCAAACGGUACAUUUGUAA